GUCCAAGAUGGCUGCCCGGUGGGGAGCGGGAGAGGAGACUUUAACCAUCGGUGGAAUGGAGCUCUUCACCGCCGGCGGGCCGCUCCAGUGCCAGGUUUUUGAAGAUGAUGAGCCUUGUUCGGGACUCUCUGACCUUUCGCUUUCAUCCCUGGACGCUGGAGGGAUUCUAGGGACCUUUCAUGGUUAUGUCGAUCCCUCCCUUAUUUCUGUCAUUGAAGAUCCUGGCACACAGAAUAAAGGUAAUUUUGAUGAAGAGAAUGAGUUAUCCCUUCUGACUGCCUUAACUGAGAUUCUUGACAACACCGAUGAUGAAAACAUGUCUCCAUUUGACACGAUUCCGGAUACUGAGCUAUUGGUGUCUUCAAAAGAUCGUGAAGGCUCUGCUCUUCAGAAGUUUCUUAGCCUUUCUCGUACACCAACAGAUAUUGCCUUAAUGGACGAACAGCAUAGACCCAGCUCUGGCAAGAACGAUCGUUCUGUAUCUAUAAAUUGGGAACAGUGUCUUGAAGGGAUCACGUCUACCCCAAAAAGACGCAACCGACUGAAAAGUUUUAGAAACUGCUUGCCACGUCGAGCCAGGACAGAGCCCACCCAGCAGCGUAGUGAUGGAGAAGAGGAAGAACUUGCCAGCCCCAGCAAGGCCUUUGAGGCAACCAGCAGUUUGAUUACUUUUGACAAGGAUGUAAUUGACUCUCCAUUCAUGAAAACUGAUUUUGAACAGGAGGCGUUGUUGAAGCAAAAUACCCCUUAUGUCAUUAAUACUGAAAAUGUUGCUCUUUGUGACCUGGUGAAAUAUAUGCACCCAUAUUGCCUUCCAACCCUCACUGUAUGUCUUGAUGAAGAGGACACAGAGGUGGAUGAAGAUAUUUUGGAAAAUGCUGUCUUUCUCGAGAUAGUGUCUGAGCAGGGAGAUUGUAUAAAAGUCCCUGUAAUGAUGAAACACCCAGGGGAAGACUGUGACUCAGAAGACAACAUUAUCAAUUUAUGUUCUAUGGAGCAGCUGGAUUCCGAGGUUGGAAUCCAGACACACUACUCAAAUGGAUCUUCUGAAGAACAAUGUUCUCCAGUACAGCAGCAACUUGCUGCCGAGGAACACUUUCUAAAGGCUUCUGAUGAAAUUCAAUCUCUUGAAACAUUGACUGACCAGGAUAAUGAAGAAAAGUUAAAAAUGUUCUCUUUAGAAAAUGAGCAGAAUAAUCAAAAUCAGGAAUCCUUAAGAGAAGACAAGCCUUGUCAGAAAGAACUAGAGGUCCCAUCUGAAUUGGGAAAUGGGUCUAUACAGAAUAAUGAAGCUAUGGCCCAGCACAGUGAUGGGAAGCUUAAACAAGGAGAGGAAUUCUCUCUACAAAAGAAUAAUGAAGUAGAUUGUAGCGCUCAAAAGGAGUGUGAAAAUACUGUUGUAAACCACAAGAGAAUAAAGAAAAAACAAGGAAAAUCCUCUAAACUAAAGGUAAAAAUUAAACCUAAGAACUCUAAUGAAAAUAAAGAGCUAGCAUCAGCUAAAAUAUCUAUCCAGAAAGUCCUCCCACCUACCUUAAAGCGUCCAAGCAACGCCUUGUUGCAAGAGUCAGAUUUCCUUAUAAAACAACUGGAUCAGGCUAAAAAGGAUGCUGAAAUGGAGCUUCGAACGUCUAGAAUGACUAGGGCUAAAUUGAGAACCAGAGCAAGCUUGGAGAAUUUGCACUCUUCAGAGAAGAAGCUAACACAUGAUAAAAAACCUGAAAAACCAUGUCUUCUGGAAAAUGAUCAGCCAGCAUUGGUUGGAGAGAAUGGGGAUAUUAACGUUUGUUUGGAACCAAAUAACUUCAGAAGUGAGGUGUCUGGUAUGAUUACAUCUGAACACUCACAAGAUGUUACUCAUGCGCCUGACUCCAGUGUCCAAAAUAAGACUCCAGAGGAAGUCUUGGUGGUGGCUCCUUCUGCCAUCCAACUGGAGGAGAAUGCCAGUAUGGAAGAUAAGAAUCCUGGUUCUGAAGGAGAAUCAACAUUACAUGCCAAGGAUCUGAAACCCAAAUCACUCAGUCUAAGUGAAUACAGAAAACGACUGCAGAACCGAAAGCCAAAUGCUGAAGAACGAGACAGUGAAAACUCCUCUGGCAGUAAAUGGCCAUCGAUCCCUGAGCCUCCAACAGAGCUGGCAGAAAUUCCUUGUUUGAUUCUACCAGGAAAGGAUGCAUUACCCUCCAAGUCAACAAAACCAACACGUCCCUUGGAGGAAACUGCAUGUUCAAGUACCAAGGCUGAUAAACCUUUGGGCCAAGAUUUUUCAAAUGGUUGUAUGCAUGCUCAACCAUUUGUUUCCACUCAUGAGACUGUUCAUCCACAACCACCUGCAGUGAUGAACCCAUCUGUUGCGGUCAAUCAUCCUUUUGCCCUACCAUUGCAGCAAAAUGUGCCAACUGCUUUUUACCCACCAACAUGGCCUGUAUCCUCACACCUUGCUUAUUAUCCCACUCCUCCUGCAGUCCCAUCUUUUCACAAUUGUGUUCCUCCAGAUCCUACGCAUGCCAUAACUAUGCAACCACCAAUGAUGACUUGGCCUCACUUCCCGCCACCACCAAUUGCAAUGGGAGCAGUUCAUUCUUCUGAACCAGCCGGCUGGCCACCUGGAUUUCCACCCUCUUAUUGGCAGCCACCUUUAGUCCAUCAAGGGAUACCUGUUCAAGCCUCUGCUGGAAAUAUAGUUGGUGCUAUCCCUCAGAGUUUGUCAAAUUUGGCAAACAAUCAUAUGCAGCCUGAACUGAAGAUCUCUCACGAUGUUCAGGCAGCCGCUCAGAGUUACAGCCAAAAUGUUAUGCCUUUCAAUCAAAUAAGUAUGCCAGGUGUACAGGAAUCUAGACCACCUCCUGGAUGGAAAGAGACCAGUUCCACCGAGAUAGUAAAACCUGUAAAAGAUAAUAUCAAGCAGAGCAAAGCUCAUGCUAAGCCUUUGGAGAAUAAAACCCCAACACCAGUUAAACAUUCAUGUUCUUUGGUCCAAAAGUCUAGUCCAAAUAAACCAACAAUCAAUCAGUUGCCAAAAAAACACCCUGAUCCUCUGCCACCAGACCCAAAAAAGACCAAUUUGCCUGUCCCAGACAUGAAAUCUGCAAAUCAGGUUGUCUUUAAAAUAAUGGAACUUUUGAAGAAGGCACAAAGCAAAGUUGUUCAAAUGAAAUCUACACCAGAACCUGCUGGACCUGUUAAAGAGUCUCCCCCUGCGUGCCAGCAACCAUUGAACUCUGCUUGCAUACAGCUAGCUCGUUGUGAGAGGUCUGAAACUCCAAUCGUGGCAAAUCCUGGCUUGGUUGUAGUACCAGAGAUGCCCCAAGUGUCUGCUCCAGUUUUAGCAGUGGAAUCGAAGACCCUGGAACAGGUGGCUGUUGAUAAACCUCUUGCAGCAGAAAUUCCUAAAAUAAAGGACAGUGAACUAGCCCAGGUGUCUACACUUGCACCACCUCAAGAGACAAGAUUGCCCACUUCUUUAUCUGCUGCAGGGGAUCACAGUGCGUCUAGGAAAGUGAUCACUUGUGAAGAAGGUAUUGAAGCAUCUGAUCUUACUAGCCUGUUGGAACAAUUUGAGAAGACAGAAGCUAAAGAUGAACAUGUUGCACAAAGCCCUGACUCUAAGUUGGCUGUAGGAAACUCUGGGUCUGAAAAGCCAGUAGAUAAGAAAAUCCUGGAUAGACUUCUGGCUCCUGAGUUGGCUAGCACUGCUGGCCUAACUCCUCCAGCAACUCCCCCACAUCAGCUGUGGAAGCCAGUUAUUGCCAGGCCCCUGUCUGGAAAAUCCAAGCCGCUGUUGGCAAGUGUGCAGGAAAGAACUUGUGCUUCUCCCGUUAAGACGACAAAGCUCAUAGAAGCACAGCCUCUACCACAGAGCAAGCUGCGAAACAGGAAUCCGGUGCCGGCUUCCAAAAUGACCUUUCAACCUGUCCAUGUGGCAUCCGGUGACCAUGAUUAUUGUAUUCUUCCUGCAUCCCAGACUGAGAAGUGUCCAAUUUCAGAGGAGUCAAAAGUAGAAACCAUCACAUCCACUGCGUCUUCAACAUGUGAAGGUUCUCGCUGGAAUGUUAAACAUGGACAGAAUAUUAUGAUUAUGCCUAUUGUAGAAUUCAACAAAAGACCCGAGAACAAAAUUUGCCCAAAGCUGCCCAAAGCAACCUCAACUGCACCUUCAAGUGUCUUGAACCAAAGUGUACGCUGCAAUGUAAACUCCGAGUUACCUAGUAAUACUGUCCAAAAAAAUCUCAGAGAGCCACUGGAUCACAGGACUAAUAAUGCAGUAGAAGCUGAGGGUCAUUCAGUGUUCAUGUCUCCUGACUCGUCCCCUUGUAGAAAUGAAAGUUUGGAUACGAGAACUGAGGACAGAAGGGAUAAUACCUCUGUUUCCCGGAGGUCUCUGCGCUGCUAUCGGAAAUACAAGGUCUCUCCAAGCCCUGAAAAAUCCUCAUCAAGAGGGAGAAAAUCUAGUGAUAGUCAUUCAUGUAGGUCUUCUUCAUCAUCGUCCUUUUCAGGGUCUCGUUCUAGAUCCCCUCCAUCAAAAAGGAGAAGAACAUUCAGUUCAAGGCGUUGUCGAUCAAGAUCUUCAGAGUCCACUUCUAGUUCAUGUAGCUCCUCUAGUUCUUCCUCGUGCUCCUCCCGAACAUGCUCGUCAUCCUCUAGUCGAUCUCGCUCACGAUCCAGAUCCCGGGAGACGUAUAGGAGUCGAAGCAGGAGAUGUGAAUCUCGGGAAAGAUACAGCAGGCAGAGGAUACAGCACAAGGAACGAGCUAUAGAGGAAAGGAGAGUCGUGUACAUCGGCAAAAUCAACAACCGCAUGACUCGAUCGGAGCUGAAAAGGAGAUUUUCCGUUUUUGGGGACAUAGAGGAAUGCACCAUUCACUUCAGGGAACACGGUGACAACUAUGGCUUUGUUACGUACCGUCACGCCGGAGAGGCCUUCACCGCCAUCGAGAAUGGCCAUAAGCUGCGUCUCCCUGAUGAACUCCCCUUUGAUCUCUGCUUUGGUGGGAGGCGGCAAUUCUGUAAAAGUAACUACGCUGACUUGGAUUCCAAUCGUGAUGAUUAUGAUCCUGCAUCCAUGAAGAGUAAAUUUAAAGAGCUUGAUUUUGACACAUUAUUAAAACAAGCGCAGAAGAUCCAUCGGAGGUAACAUUAGGCCUAAGCAACAUCAAGCGAUGAAAUCUAUAUAGAAAAUAUCUAUUAACCAAAUGAAUUUACCUCAAAACACUGGAGAUGGCCAUUUACUAAAUAAAAGCAUGACUCCCCUUUUAUUGAGGGAGGUAGUGUCUAUAUUUUCUUUUUCCAAUAAAACACAAAAAUGAUAAAAAUAAGCCCAUUAGAUUUUUUUUUAAUGACUUUUUUUUUUGUUUUGUUUAUUUUUUUAAACCUAUUUAACAACUGCUAAAUAUGGAUUCUCAAAAUUGUAAGGAAUAGUAUAUAAAG